AUGGAGAACGAUUCUACAAAACAACCUCCACAAUCGGCCUCCGGGCCAUCCAAAUCCACCGUUACCGGUGCCUCAUCUACCUCCAAGGUCACUGGCUCAAUUAACAAAGAGCAAUUGGCCAGUACCAUCAAAACCUUACAAUUUGCCUGGUUUGUCGGACAUGUGUUCACAUUGCUCGGAGUAUUUUUUUACUUCACAGUAGCCUACUUCAAAUUCGGCAAGAAAAUCUACUGGUUCUACUUCGACUUGGCCACCGUAGGAAUCAUCCAAAGUUUCGGGAUUUUGGUGUACCAAUUGGUCAAGAAACAAGGAUUUAAUGUUAAGACUUUGAUCAAAGACGAUAACGUUCACUUUUUGGGAUUGGGAAUCAUGUUCUUAAUCUUGAGACCUUAUAUCAUUCUCCCAUACUUGCCAUUCCAGUUGUUCUCCUUAUUCCAUGUCUUGACGUAUAGUAAGGCUUAUUUGUUACCUAUCUUCAACUUGGGAGAAACUUCCAAGCCAUACACCACCAUCGACAAGUUUGUUGCUCAAAACAACGGCAAAUCGAUCCAAUUGGCCGGGUUCUUGGAAUUAAUCUCAUUGGCAUUCUUAUUUGCUAGAGUGUUACUUUUCAGAAAGAGAUCGUUGACUCCAUUUUUGGUGUACUUGAUCUUUAUCAAGUUGAGAUACGAAAAGUCGGUGGUUACCAGGAAUCACGUUAAAACCCUCGAGGUUAGAAUCGACGGUCUUAUCAAUAACCUCAACAACCCGGGGGUCAAGAAUGUAUGGAUCAAGGUAAAGGGAGCCUUUAGUAAGGUUGGCUCUUUUAUCUUGGUCAAUGACUAUAAGAAGAACAAGGUUAACUAA